AUGUCCGGGCAGCUGGAGUGUUGCGAGCGCGAGUGGCACGAGCUGGAGGGAGAAUUUCAGGAACUGCAGGAGACGCACAGGAUUUACAGGCAGAAGCUGGAGGAGCUGACAGCACUGCAGACCCUGUGCAGCAGCUCCAUCAACAAACAAAAGAAGCGCCUUAAGGACUUGAAGCACACACUCCAGAGGUAUAGGCGCCAAGCGAGUCAGGAGGAGGCAGAGCUUAUCCAGCAGAUGGGCACACACAUCAAGGAACGACAAAAUGUCUUCUUCGACAUGGAGGCCUACCUGCCCAAGAAGAAUGGGCUCUACUUAAAUCUGGUCCUCGGUAAUGUGAACGUGACCCUCCUCAGCAACCAGGCCAAGUUUGCCUACAAGGACGAGUAUGAGAAAUUUAAGCUCUACCUGACCAUAAUCCUACUUCUGGGUGCGGUGGCGUGUCGCUUCGUUCUCCACUACAGGGUGACGGAUGAGAUCUUUAACUUCCUGCUCGUGUGGUAUUACUGUACCCUGACCAUCCGGGAGAGCAUCCUCAUCAGCAAUGGCUCAAGAAUUAAAGGCUGGUGGGUGUCUCACCAUUAUGUCUCCACGUUCCUGUCGGGAGUCAUGCUGACCUGGCCCAAUGGACUAAUUUAUCAGAAGUUUCGCAAUCAGUUUUUAGCAUUUUCAAUUUUCCAGAGCUGUGUCCAGUUCCUACAGUACUAUUACCAGAGGGGCUGCCUCUACCGGCUGCGGGCCUUGGGGGAGAGGAAUCACCUGGACCUCACUGUGGAAGGCUUCCAGUCCUGGAUGUGGCGAGGUCUCACGUUCCUCCUGCCCUUUCUCUUUUGUGGUCACUUCUGGCAACUCUACAAUGCUGUAACGUUGUUUGAGCUCUCCAGCCAUGAAGAAUGCAAAGAAUGGCAGGUGUUCGUGCUGGCCAUCACCUUCCUCAUCCUCUUCCUGGGCAAUUUCCUGACCACCCUCAAAGUCGUGCACGCCAAACUGCAGAAGAACAGAAAGAAGACGAAGCAGGCUUGAGCUCAGGACGCGUUGCCCUGGGGACCUCUGAACUUUGAACUGCUGGGGACUCCAGCCCACUUGGCAGCAGCAUCUCGGGGACCAGCAGUGCGGCGUGGCGGGGGGCAGGGCUGAGGCCGCUGUCCCUGGCUGGACAGUGCCGGGAAGCCCGCCUGUGCGCACAGUAUUAACUCGCCCCAGCCUCCCUAUUUAUGACGUUAUUUAAUGCCGGUCCUCCCAGCUUCCCCGCUGCUCUUGGCAGUGACCAAGUCUGGGACUGUCUUCCGGGAGGGGCCGGAAGCCUCAGGGAGCCCCUCUGCCCACUCCUGUCAUUUGAGCCCCUUGUUGGGGUUUGGAUGUGCCUCGCCAGCGUUGGAUUUCUUCUGACCUGCAACUUCCUGGGUCCUGGGCAGGUGGGAUGAGGCCUCCAGCGUCCCGUGGAGCCCCCUCCCCUGGGCCCGCCUCUGCUGUAAGCCCCUCCGCACCCCGCCAUCUGUGGCGGGGGCUUAUUUAAGUUCUCAGAGAACUAAUGCCUGUCUUUCUGCCUCUUACUUCCUGAGCCACCCACCCGCUGGCCCUGAGGGGCCAAGGUUUAAGGAGGGUCACCGCUGGAGGGCGCCCCAGCCCCCAGGUAGUUUGGCCCUAUGUGUCAAUGACACAGUUCCCAUCCACGCUUCACCUCCACAGGUGAGACCUCCGAAGUGGGACCCCGAUGUUCCCUGCUGGCUGGGUUGGGCCAAGGAGUUUGUCCACUGUUCUCUCUCCACCCCAGAGGUCCUGAGCAGGGCCCAGGGCCUGCCUGGUGAGGCCGGGGCAGGUGUGGUCACUGCCCCACUUCAGGCUCUGUGGUGGGGGGGAUAGAGAAGCCACCAGGGCCCAUUGAGGUGCUGCCCCUAAGGGCACUUUCCCUACAGAUGACCCCGCUGGCAACCACAGACACACGGCCCUCACAGGGGCUUUACUUUAGUUAUUCAUAAGAUUGCUCCUUCCCCAGGGUGAGAUUCCAAUAAACCCUAGGCAUCUACUUUCCCUAGAAAGGGGCAAGAUGGGGCGCCACCCCCAGUCACCAGCCCCACCGGCCCUCCCUCCCUGGGUACUGCUUGCCCUCUGCAGGCUGGCAUGUGGGUGACUCCAGAUUAGGGGUUAGCAAACAUUUCCUAUCAGAGCCCAAAUGGUAA